GAAAUAGUGGGAGAAGCGCCACAUGGAACUUCUUUCAAAAGUUUAUCUCUUUUCACUCCGUCGAUAAGGCCCUCUUGUGCGGUUGUAACGUUUCAAUUACCAAAGAAUGCAACAGUGAUUAUAUUUCGUCUGCGUAUCAAGUAACCUUACCACCAUGGAUGCACAGAGUUUCCAAAGUGACCAAAACAUCGAAUAUCAUUUAGUGACAAUGUUUGAAAAACUAGAAAAUCUUAGAAAUGAUACAGUUAAAACUUCGGAAAAAUCGAAAAUUCCUUUACAAGUGGAAAUCCGUACUCUGGAGUUUUGGCGGGCGGUUAUUUCGGAGUGCUUAUCGUCUUUUAUUUAUGUUUUUAUAGUGUGCGGGGCUGCUGCAGGGUCCGGUGUUGGAGCUCCUAUUUCUUCUGUAUUAUUGGCCACUGCACUCGCUGCAGGAUUUGCCAUGACUUCGCUGACCCAGUGCUUUGGGCACAUUUCAGGUGCUCAUAUAAAUCCUGCAGUGUCCUUGGCAAUGGGUGUAAUAAAGAGAAUAUCAUUUCUAAGAACAUUACUCUUUAUUGUAGCUCAAUGUGGGGGAGGAAUUGCUGGAGCAGCUUUUUUGUAUGGAGUAACAGUUCCCGGCUACCAGGGUAAUUUGUCAGCUGCAGUAGUUCACUCUUCCGGGAUUGCCCCAUGGGAAAGAUUCGGCAUUGAGUUUAUGCUAACGUUUAUCGUAGUUUUCUCAUACUUCAUAUCAAUGGAUUCCUACCGAAAGUGGACAGGCACUAGUUCUCUUACCAUUGGAGCCACUUAUUCAGCAUGUUCUUUUGUUUCGAUGCCCUACUUGAAUCCGGCACGGUCUCUGGGACCUUCCUUUGUAUUAAAUAAAUGGCACAACCAUUGGGUGUACUGGCUGGGUCCUAUGUGCGGUGGAAUAGCAUCAGGUUUAAUCUACGAAUACAUUUUCAAUCCCCGACGCCAAAGGAAAUUGAAAGAAGCCGCGGAUGAAGAAUCUGCAAGCAUAAGAUCAGAUGAUAUAGAUACCUUUGAUGAUAUAGAAAAACCAACCCCGCCAAAAUUUCAUGGUUCUAAUUUUAAUAACUUUAGAGGUGGGGCUGCAUCGAGUUCUAAUUACUGUGGUAGUUUAUACUCAGCACCAGCUGCAAAACUAGAAAGAGGAGAAUCAAUUUAUGGAGGAACGAAAUCGUUGUACUGCAACUCACCUCCUCUUACGAGAGCCAACUUAAAUAGGUCCCAGUCUGUUUACGCUAAGUCAAAUACUGGAAUCCAUAAAGAUUUACUGCCACGACCGGGACCCCUGGUGCCUACGCAAUCCAUGUAUCCAUUGAGAAUUAAUCAGCAGAGCCAUGUUACUAACCAAAACGUACAAAACCAACUACAACAACGGACAGAAGGGAUAUACGGCGUUCGAGGGGUAACACCAGGUACUGCAAAUCGACCAGAAACACACGGAGCUACCGAACGCCAAAGAGAUAACUAUUCUACUACAGAACGCCAAAUAUGUGACAAUUACUCAACAGCAGAGAGACCUAGAAGAGAAAACCACUCUGAGAAUACUUACAGCACAAGACCUGCUCCUUCUAGCUCAGAAUUGACGGAAAACAAGCCAGUUAGAGGAAAUCGACCGGAGUCAAUGUAUGGUGUGUUGGGAUCCCAAGCUCGUAGAAUACAAUCUUCUGUCCAGUCUGACGACUCUUCUUAUAGCUCGUAUACUGCCACCAGUAGCACUAGAAACGUUUACAACGCCAACAACACUGGAAACUACCAUAAUAUUCUAAAACCUAACACUGCAGGGUAUACGGGAAGAACGUGUGGUAGUAACGAGAACAGACAAAACCAACCUGGACAGCCCAUGGUUAACGGUACAAAUUCUAAUUCCUACCACCAUCAGCAUUCCCCUAAUCCUCAGUACUAGAGGUUUAUUUUUGUUAACUAAUUGUAGUAAGAAGUUAAUCUAUAGCUUGUUCAACCUGACUAUUCUAAAAAAAGUUUGAAUUAACGAAUACUUACUAUACAGUAUGGUGCAAAUUUAUGGAAUAAAUUCGUUAUUUCGUAAGCCGGCGACUUUAAGGAAAAAUCCUGAAACAGGAUUUUUUUUUUAAAUUAUGAAUUUUUGGCAUAUAUAUCGUACUAGUGACGUCAUCUCACCUGAAUGUGAUGAUGCAAUCGAUGAUUUUUUUUUAAAUGAGAAUAGGGGUCGUGUGCUGGCUCAUUUGAAAGGUUAUUCGAUUCUCUAUACAUAUAGUAAUAUAAACAUUACAAUAAUUAUUUAUAAAGGGUGUCCAAUUUUUUUUAAUUAAUUGACACAAAAAGAAGAAUGUAGGUAAUGUAUUUAACUAAAAAUACAUUUUGCUGCUGUCAGAAAUCAGAAAAAAAUGUUUAUAUGACAAAUAAACAUUGCUUUUCGCUUAAAUUAAAUAUUCAAGUUGCCAAGAGGCAGCUGGAUGGCAGCUUGAACAUUGAAUUUAAGCGAAAAGCAAUGUUUAUCUGUCAUAUAAACAUUUUUUUCUGUUUUCUGACAGCAGUAAAAUGUAUUUUAAAUUAAAUAAUUUACAUACAUUCUUCUUUUUGUGUCAAUUAAUUUAAUUAAAAAAAUAUAUUUUGGACACUCUGUAUACAUAAUUACUGAACAGAGAAUUGGAAACCUUUCAAAUGAGCUAGGGACCGUUCAAGUAUUACGUAACGCAGAUGAGGGGGGGGAUCUUAAAAAAUUGCGUUACGCAAUAGUUAAACGCCCAUAAGAGUGCAUUACGUAAAGGGGAGGGGGGUCAAAAAUCUUCAAAAAUCGCGUUACGUAAUACCUGAACGCUCCCCUAGCACACGACCCCCUAUUCUCAUUUCAAAAAAUCAUCGAUUAUAUCAUCACACCAGAUGGGUGACGUUACUAGUAUGAUAUAUGCCAAAAACUCAUAAUUUAAAAAUAAAAUCGACCUGUUUCGGAAUUUUUCCUUAAAUUCGCCGGCUUACGAAAUAACGAAUUGAUUCUAUACAUUUGCACCAUACUGUACAUUAGUCCAGUCGCUGUGGAGGAAUACAGGUCAAUACUUCUAAAUGUUUUACAACUGAAUCGAUUUUGCCAAAAAUUUGGAAUUUUUUCACUUUGCUUUUGAUUUGAGUAAAAAAUAAUUGGAAACCAUGUUUUUUUUGCAAAAAGUAUAUUUUUUUAAGUGCGAAUAACUCGAAAAGUAUUUUUCUAGCGAAAAACAAUGAAUAUGACAUUUUUAGUUAAAAUUUGAUUCUCUAUCAAUUCACGAGGUUAUUUUGAGUUUAAAAAUUUCAACCCCUUAGAUGGAGUGCCAACCACUCCAGGUUGAACAAUAUAGGUAUAACUGAUAUUUUUUGAGUAUCUACAUAAUUUCCUACCAAAUGUAAAAAUUUCAAAGAAAUCGGUGCAAUUAUAAAAAUUUAGAGGGGACAUGCCAUAAUAACUGGACUAUAUCUCACUCAUUCGGAAGAAAACUGUCCCAACUCAAAAAACAACUUUUUUCAGGAGAGACAAAAAUAUAUUUUUUAGAUCGUAAUUUAAUUGUAAGUUUUAAACGGUAAAGCUGGAUUGGACGUAACUGUAAAUUGAUGUCAAUUUAUAAAUCGACGGAGUGGAAUUCUUGCGCAUGAGUAGAAACAGUGGCUUAAUUCAACAUAGCCUGUAUAUACGAACAAACAAACGUUGUGUUUAUUUAUUUAUACUAUUAUUUAUUAUAAUAUUUACCCGUUUUGUGAGUUACAAUGGAUUAGGAAAUACACGAAGGUAUGCUCCUUGGCGCCCUGGGAUUUUCAACUAUUUUGUUUCAUUUGCUGGACUUUAAAAUGUUAAUUGGAUUUAUCUUAGACCAUAAAAACUGAUAGACACGCCUUGUACCCAACCGUUGAAGCAAACACCUUCCGCGAAAGUGACGUCACAAUACGGCAAGAACUCGUUUGGAUUCUUAGCAAAGCACUAAUAAAAUUACCCAAUUUUAGAUUAAUUUUAGUAUAACUUCAAUAUUUUGUAAAAAAUAUGGAAGAAAAAUCAUUUAGCAAAGUAAUUAAUAAAUAUUUUUGACUUAAAGUAAUUUUGUAAAAAUAAAUGUUUUAUUCCAAAGUAUAUCGUUGGUAUAUCUCUUCUUGUUUGAUAAUCAAAAAUAAAUUUAAAGGAGAGUCAUUUUCUUUUGGGUGUAAGUUUCAGGUUAGGUGAAAAAAUAUGUAGGAAAUCUAUUAAUUAAUGACCACAAAACAAAAUUGCUUUUGUUAACUUACUUCUAACUCUUAUUACAUUAUUUAGUUUUUCACCUUCGUGGUACAAUCUGAUGUAGCAAUAAUGCAAACAAAUUUUCUUUAUUCGAUUAAACAAGUGGUUUGUUUCAAAAUCAUGAUCAAACAUAUGUUCUUUGUAUUCGUUAAACACAGAACCAUGCACGUUUAAGAUCAAUUUUGUCAUUCAUUUGGAAUCGUUCAAUUUUUUUGAAUUAUACCUACAUAAUUCUAAUUUCGCUUUCAGCAAUUUUGCAAAUAUGAAUGACGCCUUUAGAAGGUUGAAUUAAAAAAAAAUUUGAUAUGCUAUAAUUUUUGUGUCUUAUGAAUGGACAGGGCUGCUUUAUCCAUUAGGCAAUAUAGGCAGUUGCCUAGGGUGGAAAAUUAUGAGAGGGCGGCUGACGGCCCAAUAAUCCCUAAAUGUACAACUUCUGUCCUUUUUGAAUGAAUAGUGUUAAGAAAAAGUGUUAAAAUCGUGUUAAGAGAAAGCACCGCAAAUGCGGCGGGCGCACUGUUCUAUAAUUUUUUUAAACUCAAUCCUUUUGGGUUAUUUUGUGGUUUUGUCGUCUUUUCGGACGAUUUUUUGCGAAUACCUCAAAAAUUAUGCAUCUAACGAAAAAAACUACAUAAAACAUUUUUGUAACUUAUGAAAAAUCAAAUAGAUUCGUUCCUUCAUAAGUCUUCUAGUGAUAACAUAAAAAGAGAUACGGUAGGUGAAAAGACAUUUUUUUGUGCAUGCUCAAAUCGGUGUGUUCAACUUAAUACCACAGAAAUGGUCGAUUUUAAGGGUAUAAUGCUAUCAAUAUCUUUUGUAAGUACUGCCUGAAAAGACCUUUAAAAUGACCGCAAUGUUAAAUUUCGAUUACAUUCAAACUAAGCGAGAUAUGGUGCAACAAAAAAGGAUAACUAAUUUAUUUUAAGAUAAAAUGCGAAGUAUGUAUAUUUUAACCCCUCACCCACCAGAUUUAAAUGCAUCGUUUUGCUUCUACAAUACCUUUUACUAUAGUGUUAUUUCUAUGUUAAACAAGUUGGACGGGUUUAAAAUGUAUGGUUUUUGAAAAAAAUAAGAUCAAAUUAUAGAGAGCAUUUUUAAACUUUUUUAAAAAUCUUCCCUUUUCUCCAUGUAACUCGAAAAUGAUAAUGAGAUACAGUAAUGAAAGAAAAAUAAAAUUGUUGUCUAAAAGAAAACCUACAUUUUUGUAAGGUAUUUUUUUACGUAUUUCUUAUCACUUUCGAAUUACAUGGAGAAAAAGGAAGAUUUUUAAGGAAAUUUAAAAAUAUGCUCUAUAAUUUGAUCUUCUUUUCAAAAACCAUUCAUUUUAAACCAGUCCAACUUUUUGAAUAUAGAAAUAAUACUAUAGUAGAAGGUAUUGUAGAAGGAAAACGAUGCAUUUAAAUUCUGGUGGAUGAGGGGUUAAAUAUACUUUUUUUAUAUUUAUAUAUACUAUUUCUUGUUUUAUAUACUCAUUUUUCCUUAAAAUACAUUAGUCAUAAGUUUUUUUGCACCAUAUCUCGCUUAGUUUGAAUGUAACCGAUAUUUAACAGUUCUCGUUUUAAAGGUCUUUUCAAGCGCUACAAAAGGUAUUCGUAGCAUUAUACCCCUAAAAUCGACCAUUUUUCUGUUAUUUUAAGUUGAAUACACCGAUUUGAGCAUACACCAAAAAAAUCUUUUUUCACCUACCAUCUCUUUUUUUAUUAAAACUAGAAGAUUUGAAAAAAUGAAUCUCUCUGAUUUUUCAUAAACUACAUAAAUGUUUUAUAUAGUGUUUUUCGUUAGAUGCACAAUUUUUAUGGUAUUCCCAAAAAACAUUAUCCGAAAAAUUUCUUUUUUCUGUGAAAAUGGCAAGUUUUUAACCACGAAUCACUCAAAAAGUAUUGAGCUUUCAAAAAAAUUUAUAAAACAGUUUUUCCUUAGAAUUAGGUUCUCCGGUCACUUCCGGUGUUAGUUUGAUAAGAAAAAAUUUCCACCCCCCGAGAACGGGUGGGAACCACCCCUAAGUUAAAAGCGCCAUAGGAUAUAGGGUAGACUUUGUUUCUCGAGCUAUUCCCUACUUACAGUGAAAAUAUCAAGUAAAUGAUGCAGUAGGAUGGAAUUCGGAGCCAAGUACCCUCACUGACUGCACUAAUAGAUACCUACAUCAUUCAUACAUGAAUGCAUUCACUUAAAGGGUCAUUUGGAUAUCACAAUAAAAUCACCAAUAAUUGACAUAUCUAAAUAUUUAAAGAAGAGGGGAUUGAAAGAUAUUUUCCCUAAAUGCUUUGCGCAUUUACUUGUGCCUCCCAGUUGCCAACCAACGUGUCAGUUGAAAGGUCAUUUUCGAAAAUGUCAAGAAUUGAAAAUAGUCAUGAAAAUAAUUUCAGAUCAAGUAUGACGCAAGAACUUCUUAACAAUUUUUAUCGAUUUUGUCCAUAGAAAGUGUCGUAACAAAGCAGAUAAAUUAUGACGACAUUAUGGAUGAUUUUUCCAAAGAAAAAUCAAGAAAGAAAUCUGAUGUGAUCGGACUGGAAUGACAAUUUUUAUGUAUUCUUAUUUAAAUAAAAAAAUCUGCUUACAUUUUUUUCUCAAAAUGGUACAUGCUUGAAGGGCGACUACGAGAGAAUUGCCUAGGGCGUCAAUUGACCUAAACGCGGCCCUGUGAAUGGACAUUGUAAAUUGUCACAAUCUAAUGUUUUCUUAACUUUCUUAAUUACAAACCCAGCGAUAUAGUCAACAACAUCACAAACAUAAGGUGGCUGUUUUUGAAAAGCUUAAAAUAUUUACAGUAUAAUCAUGGUUACUAGUUAUUAUUUCCCUAUUAUUUUCAUCAGUUAUAAAGUUGUCAAUGAGUUGAUGAUCAACAGUUUUCAUUUUCACAGUAUUUGUUGUGCUCAUUGCUAAAAUUGUGGAAGGUGUCUGUUCUAUACAAUUAGCCUGGGUAGAUCCUGUAACACUUGGGUGCAUUAAGAGUCUUUUAUAUGCAUUUUUAAAUUGUUUUGCCGUUGGGUUAUUGUUGUAACCUCCAUGACUCCUAUAAUAGAACUAAAGAAAACUUCUAAGUGAUCCUGAGAAAGUUUAUAGGCCGAAAGAUACUUCAGACCUCCAUCCAUAUUAUCCUCUUCAGUCGUAAUUUUUCCAAAUUCGCAUUAGUGACUUUAAAUUAAUGAUCAUACCAAUAAAACCCGUUUUUCUUUGGCUUAGAUCAGUGGUUCACCAUUGUUGGAAUAUUUGAGUGAAUUAAGAUACUUUAUAAAUUCCUCAAUUUUUUGAAAAAUCGCUUUUUUAUUAUGUUGCUGUAAACUGGAUUUUAGGUGUUUUUCCCUUUUUUUGUCGCUGCGUACAAUUAAAUGCUCUGCAAGAUAACACCAACAUUAAAAAAUUAGUGUACUGGAAUUUUUUAAAUUGGAACACUUUAAAAAGUUUACAACGCCUUAUUAUAAACACUUCUAAUCUCUAACGUUUUCUGCCGUAAACUGACGUCACGCACAGCUGUGUGAAUCGUUUUAUGUUGGCUUCACUCUUCGAGACGAGAGAAUAGCAUUACGGCGGGUCUAUCAGUUUUUAUGGUCUAAGGGAUUUAUCGUAUAUGUGUGGAUAACCCCGAAUUAGGCUAAUGAACAAAUCAUAUUUAUCUGAAAUAUUGAAAUUACACUAUGAUAUAUUUUUAUUAAAUUAAUGACUUAACAUCCAUUGUAACAAAUAAUUAACAAAAUUCGAAUAUGUUGAUAAACAACUUUACAAAAUGGAUGAGGGCGGGAUCAUUUAGGUUGACAGAACAAAAUUCUUCCUUUUCAUUGGCCAGACGCAAGAAACGCACUGUAAAAGAUGAAACUUGGCAAAGUCUUCCGUUCUGUUAUGGUUCUCUUACGUUCCGUCAUGCCAUGUCAUGCGUUUACGUUCAUUUCCAGCUUACCUGCUAAAAUUUAUAAAUUAAAAACGAAGAAUAUGGGUAAGUGAAUGUUUCUAAUUGUGUGAGAGGCAAAACCAAAAAACAUGAUAUCUGAUUUAACAAAGAAAAAAGAUAAAAAAUUUCGAGUUAUGUCACUUUUAUUUUAAAAUAUGUGUCACUUCUUUUAAAAUUAACGAAAAAUACCUAGGGCACUUCUCGAAAUACAACGGUUUUCGUGAUAAAUAACGAUAAGUUCACGUCGAAUGUCAGAGAACUAAAAAGUGUCAUUGUUCCGGAAUACAAGUAUUCAUUUUACCGCCAAAGGAAUAAUGACACUACCGCCAUCUUUCGAAGUUGCAAGUAAACAUCUAUGACAUUUUUCCUGAUAAAAGUAUAGGAUAUUUAGAGUCAAUUUAGCAAGAUAACUUUUUUGAGUUGUCACUUUUCUUCCGGAUGAGCGAUCUGUGGUUUUCUUUUAUUGUCUAUACUAAAUUUACAUUCAAGAUGCAGUAGAAAUAAACAAACCAAAACACGUUAAAUACUACUAGGAGCACUCCCGAAUCACAAUUUACAGUGUUUAAACUUUGGAAAUCAUGAUUUGAGAUUUACAAUGUAUAUAUGUUACGGUUGAUGUGAUAAAUCCGGUCUGUGUUAAUAAUUACCGGUAAAUAUUAAUAAUAACCGUAGCAGCUGGUCAAUGUGAUUAAUAACGCCUUUAUAAUUAGAUUUACCAGUUAUUAUUAAUACUUUCCUAACAAUUCUGGUUAAUGUAAUAAAAACGCAUUUUGAGCUUCACCAUUGUUUAUUUAUGAAAUUUGAUACUAAAGUUAAACACUUAAACAGAAUUUAUCAAUAAAAAAACUCAACUAGACACCUUAUAAGUAAAAACAAACUCAUACACACGCAUUAGACUUGUAAGUUACUCGACUAUAAUUACUUGUUUUUAUAGGAAAGGCUGUUCUGGCACUUAGGCUACGGCUCCACGGGCGAGAAAUUGACGCUAGCAGUAGCAGUAAAAUUAAGAGUGAUAAAUGAAACCAACAGCGAUAAUACUGGGCGGCUCCACGAUGCUGUAAACUAUCGCUCAGGAUCGGUAAAAGACGCGUCGUCAAUAUCAUGUCGCAGGUGGAUAGGCCCAGACCUAUUUUUACAGUAAUUUAAAAAGACUUCGAUCGAAAUUUUGCGCCUACGGUCUCAAAUAGGAUUAAAGUAUUAUACAUUUUUGUAAUCAGUAUUUCAAAAGCUUUUAAAUGAUGUGUCACAUGAUGUAGUUUCCCAUUUAAAAGAAUCAAAUUUAUACCUGUCACCUGAAGAGGGAUCGCGUAAAGUUCGAAACAUUGAUGCUAUAAUAUACUAUGAUUAUUUUAAAAUUCGACCUGUCCGAGUGUUUUGCCUAUAUGCUAAAAAUAAAUAAGUUAAUAA